UUAUGGGAGUUGCUCAGGACACGUGAUAAAAAGCAAAAAUAUAAAAAUAAAAAAAUCCCAUGGGUUUACGACCGGCAAAGACUCCGGCAGCCCGCUGGAAUUACGAGAACAUGGUCGAAUUCUCCGGUGAAUCGGAGAGUCUCUCGGAUUAUUUCUUCGGGUUCUCCGAUGGCGCUCUAGAGUCGCUGGAGAGCUCGAGUGGCUCGAGCAAUGGAUACGAUGAUUAUUUAGAGGAGGAGGAGGAGGAAUCUGGCAAUGCGGAGGAGAAGAAGGCCUUCUGGGACUCCCAAGAACAACUCCUCCAGGCGACAUUGUGUAGGACAAGUUCGACCGAGUCCAAAAUCAGACAGGCGACCAAACAAUGCCUACGACAAUCGAAAUUAGCUACUUUCGAAUGUAAAUGCCGGGAGAACGUGACCGGAGAAUAUUGCCGGAUCUGCUUGAGAAGAGAAGUCUGCAAUGGGCUUCUGCAGAACGGUUUCAACAGCGCCAUAUGCAAAUCCAAAUGGAGGAGCUCGCACGAGAUCCCAGCAGGGGAACACACGUAUUUGGAAGUCGUCGACAAAUCAAACCCGAAGAGAGGGGCAGUGAGGGUGAUAGUCGAGCUAAAUUUCCGGGCCGAGUUUGAGAUGGCGAGGGCUAGCGGUGAAUACAACCAGCUGAUCAGCCGGCUGCCCGAGGUCUUUGUGGGCAAGGACGAGCGGCUGAGGGCCGCGAUCAAGAUCCUGUGCAGGGCCGCCAAGAGGUGCAUGAAGGAGAGAAACAUCCACAUGGGCCCGUGGAGAAAGCAGAAGUACAUGUUGGCUAAAUGGCUAGGGAAUUGCCAGAGUUCCGCCCCGGCACCACCGGAGACCCUUCCGGCGGAAGUCUCCUCCCGGCUGCCCAAGCCCAGAGCCUCGAUGCUGACAUUUGAUUUGUCUGGGAGCUUGCCGGACAUGCGUUAUACUGCAGUGGAGGUUUUGUGACGACGGACUAAGCAUAAUGAGUUUUGUUCGAUAAAUUUGAGGAACAAUUAAUAUGAGUCUGAGAGCACCCAAAAUAAGGGAGGAUAUCAAGGUUAAUAUUUAGUUUAGCAUGAGUAAUGUAAAAUAUAUAUAUAUAUAUAUAUAUAUAUAUAUAUAUAUAUACACAUAUGUAUGGAGAGGAUUAAAACGAGAGUAAGGGUGGUGCUGGUGAUUGAGCUUUAGAUUAUUUUUUUUUCCCCUUUUUGGAUAGAUUGAGGUUUGGAGGUAGAUUUGUAUCGACGAAGAAGAUGUUUAAUUUGCUGGGUUGGGUUGAGUGAAGACAGAAAAAUUACAUAAUUAUUUACCCAAAAAAAUAAAAAGCAUAAUUAACUGUGCGGUCCAUGUGACAAA